AUGGUGGUGGGUACCCCGAAGUUUCUUGCGUCGUUAGCGUUGCUGUUCUUCAUUCUGCGUCCGAAUGUACAGAGAACCCCGGCCCCUUCUCCGGAUUUUCCGAUCUUGUCAUUGUUCUCCAUUGUCUUGCCUUCGCACUCGCCCGCUGCUGCGUCGUCGCUUGCUGUUCAACGGAGUUCUAAGAAUCUCUUCUCCCAGCUCCUCGAUUUGCUGACACUAGGCUUAUGGUCGAAGCUCGGACGUUUGAGCCACUAUGCCUUUGACGCUGUCCUGCUUUCGGCAUUCCUCGCUGGAAUGAAGCGAUCGACCGGUCUGACUUUCAAAACUGACAAGGUCGCUGGCGAAAACAAGGAGGUUGGAAAAUGGGUUGACAAGUAUCUCGGCGUCGGCGAAUGGGUGAUGGACCAGUCUGUCGCCAUUGCUGGUUCGAGCGGCUGGUUCGACAGGACCCGAUAA